GGGCCCUCAUGACCACUGAGUAUCAAGAAGGGUACCGUCACCCUCACUGCUACAAGGCCAUGGUCACAACCACCAUGCAGAAACACCCGUACCAUGCACUGAAGGGGACGGCUGCGGAUGUGACCACCUGUAGAACUUUCUAUUUGGCCCACAAGGUGAUAAAAACUCCACCCAAGCCCCCAGAACCACCGCUGCCGCCAAAAGAAAAACAGAGAACUGCCAGUGCUCCAGACCGUUCUUUAUGCUUUGGAAACAAACAAAGAGCGUCCUCAGUAGAGGACUACAAGACCGUGUACCAGAAAAACAACAAAUACAUUGUACAUCAUGUUCCAAAUCCAUUUUCACUGCUCUUGCUUCCAGAUGAUUUCAGAGAGUGGAAAGUCGCCAAACGUCAGCCCUUUAAGCUCAAUGACAGCCUGAAGGUCAGCCAAGGGCUAUUGGUCACGAGCACUACUCCCAAAGAAGGUUCCUUUAAGAAAGGCCCCGUUUGUGUAGCCGCCGACUCCAAGCCAGACAGAGACAUGGGAAAGUCACAGCCAUUUGAACGCAUGACCAGCUACAGGUGUGACUACGUCACCCAUUCACCACAGGCCAAGGUUCAGAGUUUGAAACCUGCAAAUCGAAUCUAUGAAAACAUUCUAUCAGAGCCCGAGGCCAAAAAGACCAGUCCAUCGUCGGAUCGCGAGGAAUUCCUGUCCACGACACACGCGGACUACAAAGGACACCAGUGUCCACGCGCCAAACCGGUCCUCCCAACUCUGCAAAACUUUGUGAAAAGCAAGGAGCCGCUGGAGACAACGACCACCAUGAGGGCAGACUUUAAAGUCUGGAACAAAGCAAGAAUCUCCCAACCUUUAACAAAGAAAAAGCAGAACGCGCCGCAGAAGUCCACCGCCUCCGUGUGCUCAUGUGAGCCAGCACAGAUCUGCAAAAACGACCGAAAGCCUUUGAGCCCUCAAUCUAAACCGUGCGAGACUAGAGUGUGUAACUCCAACUAUCCUGUCACCAAGGAAACUCCAACUCCUGCUCACAGUGGAUUUUCUUCCGGCUAUGAAUGCAUCUCCAACGGGACUGAAGAAUCCAGGAGGUUCUGGCUGCAUGGUUUCUAGAAGUUUUUCUUGAGAUCAGGUGGAUUCCUGGCCGUUGCUGCCACUCUUACCUCAGGUAGUUUCUGCCAUUAACAACAAUAAAAGCCAUAAAUGAAGCUAA